GUCAUAUUGAAUGACUUUUCGAGCAUCCCAUCCUUACUUGAGCCCUAUAUCCCUAAGACUUAUCUAGCUUUUGCGUGUUACUGAACCACGACAAAGAUGGGUAGCAUUGCUGAAUCAGCCCCUUCCAUUGAAAUCCCCAUCAUCGACAUCUCCAGGUACCUGUCUGGCGACCCCGAGGGCAAGAAAAAGGCCGCACAGGAGUUCCGCCAGGCGUGCGAAAACCAAGGAUUCUUGCAGGUCGUGGGACAUUCCGUGCCCAAAGAAGUCCAGGACCGUUUUUUGGCAGAGGUCGCUAGAUUCUUCGCGCUGCCCAUAAGCGAGAAAACAAAAGUGUCUCAAGAGAACUCAAAAUGCUACAGAGGGUAUGAGCGCAAGGGCGGACAGAAACUCGACGAACUUGACGACUCGGCCACGCCGGACCAAAAGGAAGGGUUUUCGGUCAGGCCAGAAAGGCCGCUGGGCCGGUUCCUCCAGGGGCCGAAUCAGUGGCCGGAGGAUCUGCCGGGAUUCAAGGAAGCCUACAUGGAGUAUUUUGAUGAGGUGCACAAACUUUCGAAGUCGGUGUUUCGAUUGAUGGCGUUGUCGCUUGACAUGCCAGAAGAUCAUUUCGACGCGUUUGCCGCGGAUCCAGACGGCCUCUGUCUAUGUCGAUCUCAUCACUACCCACCCACUCCCAAAGAUGUUGCAGGGAGAACUCGAGGGGUGGGAGCUCACACCGACUUUGGGGCCAUGACCCUGCUGCUGCAAGACGAAGUUGGCGGCCUAGAAGUCCUUCACAGAGCCACAGGAAACUGGCACAACGUAGUCCCCGUCAAGGGAGCGUAUGUCUGCAACAUCGGUGACCUCAUGCAACGUUGGACCAACAACCGGUACAAGUCGACCAUGCACCGAGUCAUCUCGCCACUCAGUGGUAAAGACAGGUACUCGUGCGCGUUCUUCAACGACGGAGCCCUCGACACCAUCAUCGAGGCUCUGCCUACUUGCGUGGCCCCAGACCAGAAACCAAUUUAUGGACCCCUUAAGGUUGAGAAACAUAUCGUCGAUCGUUACCUCCAGAGCUACGGCGCCGCGGGUACAGUGUUGGUGGCUUCAUAGUUUCAGUACUUUUCAGGUUGGUGGUGGAGCGAAGAAAUUGAUCGAUAUGGUGGAUAAUCUGUGCAACCUAUGUAGAGAACUCGUCGUCUUUUUGCGGGAGUCGUACGGUGAACCAGGAGAGAAGAUGAAGGGGCAAGGGAUUGAA